UUCAAAAGACUGUCCUGUCUGACAACGUCAACGUUAACGGAAUUUUUUUCCAGUUUGACUGGAAUAAAUCCAACUAUCAGAGAUAGCUUGUGCAAAUAAUAUUCCGAUAUUUUAUAAACUAGACCAAUCUAUUUUAUUAUCUGUGUUUUCGAAGAUAUUAAAUUGGUUGAGACAUUUACUAACUUAUUUGUGUGAUGUCACCAGUCUAAUUUUAGUACAAAGGUAUUUUUUUCUCAGAAAGUCUAGAACACAAUUCAGGUUUGGUUGCUGUCAUUUCUGCUAUUUGACAAAAUGGAACAGUCACAUCCAUUUUCCUUAAUUUUGACCAUUUAGCUUAAGCCCUUUGUUGUGUUGAGGUUUUCCUAGUCAUAUUUUAAAACCAAAAGUAUAUUUAAAACAAAAAUGGUUGGUAAAUUUAAAGAGGGUAAAACCAAGUCGUUCCCACCGACUUAUAUAGUGGUGGAGUUCAGCAAGAAAAUCCAACUGAAAACAGCCCAAUGGCUCGUCUACAAACUUACCGGGAGCAAGCAAAGUGGAGGCGCGGAGUUGAUAGUCAGGAAGCAGCCCUCGUCUAGCAGCCAGAAUUUAUUACUACAUGUGACCUGCAGCGAGGAAAAACUUCUGGAACUGGCCGAGGAACAGGAAGUAAGAAAGAAAGAUAAGAACGGAGUACUGAGGGAGUUUAUGGUUGAUGAGCUGGAAGAAUUUAUCGAGGCGGACUUCAAGGAUCAGCUCUUGACUGCUGCUGAAAAGCAGGUGCUUGUAAGGCAUGAAAUCGAAAAUGUGAGGGCGUUGUCGCACGAAAUGUGCAUCCUAGGCUAUACAGAAUAUCCAUUGUAUGUGGGUCAAUCAAUCAUCUCUGCAUGUCUUCAUUACAAACUGAUCAAACAAGUAUUUCCACUUCAUGAUCAGGAACUUGUUAAAAAAAUAGGAGGCUCGUGGUACAAGAGUAUAUUAGAUGAGCGACAUUUUGAGGAUAUAAGAAUGUACUUCGGGGAAUCUAUAGCACUGUAUUUUCAGUUUCUUGGAUUUUACACGACUGCCCUAAUGGUGCCAUCAGUGUUGGGAUUCCUUCAGAUGAUACUUCCACCAGUGACUUUGGCAUUUUUCUGUGUUAUUAACAUAAUAUGUGCGACAUUGUUUCUUGAGCUGUGGAAUAGAAAAUGUUCGGAGCUGGCGUACGUUUGGGGUACAAUAUCAAUGACGAGUUUUGAUGAACCGAGACCCAACUUCAUGGGUGUAAUGGGAGUGGAUGUUGUGACAGGGAAACUUCUUCCACAAGCUCCAAGGUUUAAAACUCAUCUAAAAAUGUACUGUGUGUCACUUCCACUUGUUGUCCUUUGUAUGAUCGGCGCUUUUGGUGUAAUGCUGUUCUCAUUUUGGGUGGAAGAUUUACUUAAACAGAUUCCAUCAAUACCCCAGUGGGUUGUUUAUGCACCAAGCGUUGUUUACGCUGUCGUAGUUGUGUUAAUGAAUCUAGUAUACAGAAGAUUUGCAACUUUCCUUACAGAGUGGGAAAAUCAUAGAACACAGUCUCAAUAUGAUAGGCACAGAGUAACAAAACUUGUACUAUUUGAAUUUGUGAAUAAUUUCAUGUCUCUUUUUUAUAUUGCAUUUGUCAUUCAGGAUAUCGAGUUAUUGAGAUAUCAACUGGCAACUUUGCUCAUCAUGCUUCAGAUACUCAACAACUUCCAAGAAACUGUUUAUCCUCUAGCCAUCCAUUAUUUUCAAAAGAGUUCUAAAGCGAAACAGGGAAGUCCGUACAAAGAAUUGGUCUCGCAGAUUGUAGGGAUAGAAGAAAUCGAUUCUGAAGAUUUCCAAGUGAAACAUGCUUUAGAACAAAGAACGAUGGUUCCUUAUGAUGAUCCGUAUGAUGAUUAUCUAGAGCUUUUUGUCCAGUUUGGUUAUGUAUUCCUAUUUUCUGCAGUAUAUCCUAUGGCGGCGUUUUGGGCGUAUGUUAACAACUUUUUUGAAAUGGGAUUAGAUGCUUAUAAAUUGUGCAAUUUUUACCAACGGCCUAUGGCUAGAAAGGUUAAAGAUACGGGUGCAUGGCAGCGUCUAUUCAAAGCCUUGUGUGCUCUUUCUGUCAUGACAAAUUGUCUGUUGCUCAGCCUUUCCCCAGCCUUGAGGGAUGCAGCUCCUUCUUUCUCUGAAACUAGUUGGUUCCUUAAUUUUGUAAUUUUGGAACAUAUUCUGCUCGCUCUAAGACAGAUAUUGCAUUAUGCCAUUCCCGAUAAGCCAGAGUGGGUGAAAAUAGCGCUAGCCAAAGGAAAUUAUCUAUCUAAACAGGCACUGAAAAUGCAGAGACAAUUGAAAAAUAAAGCCAACAUUGAUUCUGUUACUAAGAAGACUUUAGAAGAGUUGUAGAAGAGUAAAAGAGAAAAUAAUAUUGAUAAAAUGACUGAAUUUAGGCUGUACUUUUUGUGAUGUAUUUUUAAUGAAAAUAACUAAACUGUAAACCAAAUUUUUGAAAGUGCACUUAUAAAUUUUUUAUAUUUUAUUUAGUGUUUUAACUUUCUUUAUCCAAAAAUUAAUAUUUUUGGCAUUUCAUCAGGUUGACAGCAAUUUCAUUUUCAGCAAUCCCCACCAUGAAUUUAUUUAUUUUCAGUCCAGUCAACUACCUAAAAUUCAUUAUUUAUCAUCUGUUUUAAUAUGUCAAAGUAUUUUAACAUACAUGUAUGACUUGUUAAAAAAAAAAAUUAUAUUUAACAUCUUUGUUUUUA